AUGCUUCUCCUGCACCAGGUUGGCAGCGUCAAAAUUGGUGAAGUCAUCCGCUACACCGUAACUUAUGCGCCGUCACACGACCGAAUACUACCCUCGCCCGACGUUCUAUACCUACGAAUCCGCAAUACUUCCCCCAUACCGUUACGAGCCGCCUUUAUCCACGGACCAUAUACUCUAGACGUUUCCGCCUGUCCCGCUCACUACGAUCCGAAUAGCAAGUUCGAGAAUCCCCAACGAUAUGGAGUCCCUGAAUUUGAGCCCAUGCUCAAAGCUGGAGGCACGUGGUCAUGCCAGUUGAUCGUACCAGACAAUAUCCGCCAGAGCGCCGGAACGGGGGCUGCGAGGGGUGAUUUUGGCUAUGACACUACAAACGAAGAGGUUCCAAAGACUGCGAGCUGGGUUGUGGAGGUUACGAGCCAGGUUAUUUUCUCUAACAGUGCGGCCGUGGGCUACGAGGUCUUGCUUGCGCGCGACGAAAAGAGUCUAAAUCUCGGCGGCGUGCCAGUCAUCGGCGGUCAAGCUCAGGUCCCACAACCCGGCAAGGUAACCGAUUUUCAACAGAGUAUAGGCGCAAAAGAUGGCCAUCACCCCGCCCAGCCGAAGGGUGUCUUUUCGAAGGCCAUUGCCUUAAAAGUUGAGGAUACGGCAAGUCUUUGGAAUACACCACCGCUUCCUGGCUGGGACGAGUGGGACCAUGGAAACCACAAAGCAUCGGGUGUGAGCAAGGCAACCGGUAGUGUUGCGGAGCCGACGGAGACGGAAGAUGAUAAGGCAAAAAAGCAACCUCCAAAGAAAAUACAUCUAGUCGUUGUAACGCAUGGCUUGCAUAGUAACCUUGGAGCUGAUAUGCUAUACAUGAAGGAGAGUAUCGAUACAGCUGCGAAACAAGCGAAGGCUGAUGCGAGAGCCAGAAAAGCACGAGAAAGGGCCGAAAAAGGCGAUCCUCCUGAUGCUAAUGACGACGAAUAUGACGAAGAAGAAGUCGUAGUAAGAGGCUUUUCUGGAAAUGCUACUCGAACAGAAAGGGGCAUCAAAUUUCUUGGCAAACGUUUGGCGCGUUGGGUGCUCUCUAUGACUUACCCAGACCAGCCUUUCCUGCCAUCGAGGAAAAAGGUGGCGACUGGAAGCAUUGCUAAUGCCUUCAAAAGUGAUGGCGGGAGUGAUGAUGCGUCGGGGAAACCUGCUCAUAAGAACAGCACCAUACACAGGGGCCAGCAUCACGAGGAAACCCGCAAGUUUCAGUUUACCAGCAUCAGCUUUGUUGGGCACUCUCUAGGAGGCCUUAUUCAGGUGUAUGCUAUAGCAUAUAUCCAGAAGCACUCACCUCAAUUUUUUGACUUGAUACGGCCGAUCAACUUCAUUACACUUGCAUCUCCGUUAUUAGGUCUUAGCAACGAGAACCCUUUAUAUGUCAAAUUCGCUCUGGACUUUGGCCUCGUCGGGAGAACUGGGCAAGAUCUAGGCCUUACUUGGCGGGCACCAACUAUUGCCAGAAGCGGAUGGGGCGCAUUAGUAGGUACACUCGGAGAGAGUGCCCACAAGAAGGUAAUAGGAGAGGUACAACCGGAGUCAAAACCGCUGCUGCGUAUCCUACCAACCGGCCCAGCACACACCGCGUUGAAGAAGUUUCGCAACCGGACCGUCUAUUCAAAUGUGGUAAACGAUGGAAUUGUACCGCUGCGCACAAGCUGCCUAUUAUUUCUAGACUGGCAAGGACUUGGUCGGGUGGAAAAGGCUCGACGUGAAGCCGGCUUGGUUGAAACCGUCGUCGGGUUCGGUUGGGCCGAAUUAACAGGUGCCAAUGUGUCUUCACGAAGAGGUCCCUGGUCGCCGACAACUGAAGAGCCACCGUCGUUAUCACAAUCCGGCGUCGAGUCUGAGUCUUCUCAUAGCGACCCUCACGAAGUACCUCAGCCACCAACUAACGCAACUGUAGAGGAUGACAGGCGCAGUCUUAAUAUAACCACUCCCCAUUCAGAGACGGGUCCAGCAAAUCAAAACUCACAGACAAACAACGACUUUGCGUUCUCGGGAUUUUUCAACUUCUUCAAAUCCAGCGAGUCGCAGAAAGCAGCAACUCGUAAAACACCUCCACCGUCUCCACGGGAGAACAAAAUUUAUCAGCGCAGUCAAACAUUGAAGAUAGACGCAGCCACGGACUCGGCAUCGUCAAGUAAGUCGAAGGUGUCUUCCGGCCAUGAGCUUAGUGAAGACCCAGCAAAUGACGUAUCUGCUCCUCCGAGGACGACAUUUUUUGAGUCCGCGGGCGAUAUUCUUAAUCCCAAGUUACCAACGGUGGACUACUUGAUUGAUCCUUCAAAGCGUCCACGGACCAUAUUUCAUGAUCGCGUCUAUCAUCCGUCCGAUAUUCCACCACCACCACUCAAGAAACGUCCGGCCAAGACACUAAGCUUCCGGCACAAGUCAAACACUAAUGGCGCCUCUUCAUCUUCUAAAGAUGAUAAUAUGAAUCUCCCUUCGCCGAAAGCCGGAGUUGAGCAUGCUGAUUCCGAACUUUCAACUCACGACUACGAUGAUCCUGCGCAUACCGACCCUAGUAGGGAUACUGAUGAAGUCGUUGACAGCUCUAACAUGAAGGUUGAGGAAAAGAUUGCUCGUGCAUACCACCGCGGUUUGAGCUGGCGGAAAGUCUUGGUCAAGCUAGAGCCAGAUGCGCACAAUAAUAUCAUUGUGCGUCGCAAGUUCGCCAAUGCUUUUGGUUGGCCUGUUGUCAAACACUUAGUUGAUGCUCACUUUAGCGACAGCGCAGCUGCUCGCAUGCGAGACGAAGCCGAGCAAACUGGUGACCGUGCAAAAUCUAUGGACCAGCGACCCGACGAGACUGGCGCUGAGACCUACACACAAGAAGACGCCCAACCCCGGAAAGGCAAAAAUGGUGCAAUGGUCCACAAACAUACUGCAAGUGAAGCUAUUGAGGCCACAGAUGCUGUUCCAGAUCUACCAUCCCUAGCCCAGGAAAGGAAGUCUACUCGUUACAGUUCAAGAGAUUCGCCGCCUCGUUCAUCGUAUGAAAGAGUCGACUCUGCAAGCUGGAGCGACCGCGAGUUUGCGGACAGUGGGGAUGAUAGCGAAAUCGAUAUGGAUAUGGCUUAUGGCAGGCCUAAGAUCCAGUCAUCACAAGGGCACGAGGAUAGCGACAAGCAAAGAGCUGCCAGCCCGAGCUGGAAUUGGACAGAGAAGAUUGUGGGUAAAGGUGCCGGAAAGAGAGUAAAGAGUCCUAAGAGCCCUCAAAGCCCCACAAGUCCAAAGCCGGAGAGCGGAAGCGGGAGUGGAAACACGCCUACCGAUUCAGAUAUAAAAUAA